GUAGGGAGCAAAUUCUUGAGAUACCGAUGAUUUCGUACGUUUUGAAUCUCCUAGUCCGGGAAGCUGUAGGCAGGGAAACCCAUAUCGACCAGUCCUUCAAGGACGUAAAUCCCUACUCCAUUCAAGGGGAAUCCAGACGAAAUUCGCGCGGGUAGGGCGCGAAUAUUCCUUCUCCGCGUUCACCAUCAGUUUCGUCUCUCGCACCAGUAAGCGGUGUACACCCGUCGAGGAAUGUCAGGCUAUGUCGUCUACAUCGCGCCGCCUGAACCCGAGACCACCACAACAAACGAUGUUGUAGUAGAGGAUCCACCACCUUCGUACGAGGAAGUUUGCGGUAUUGGCAGUGUAACACGCGUUACACCGGCUUCGAAUCACCAAAAUCCGAAUGGCAAUGAUGAGAGUAUUGCGAUUCCCAUUAAUUACCAGCUGCCGAGCACUGACAUUUUCCAGAACCUCUGCAGAAUCUUCAUUCUCUUCAUAAUGGUAAUAGCGAUGUGUUUGUUGCCAUUCGCAUUGAAGUCAGACGUAAUUCGUCGUAGGUUGAACCGAUACUGAAUCCGGCGGACACGAGGAAUGACGCAAACUGCAGCCGUUCAGACGACAGUAGAAUACUACGGCCCAGAAGACUUACCGCCAUCGUACGAGGAAGCUUGCGGUUCGAACAGCAACGAAAAUAUGCAAUAUGUGUCACACUGCCAACGACAUCGUGUCCUCCAGAAAGUCAAACUCAUCCGCCAAUUUCGGAGCAACCGAGACGUGGAGUACUAGUGACACAAGCACAUUCAAAGGGUAGUCGUGAAUUUCGUAAGUUCUGCCUCCUCGUUUUCACGGUCGUACUAGCAAUAUGGUUCAUCGUUCGCUUAGGUUGAACUCUAAACACCUCCGACCGAUAUAAUCCACAUGUGAGCAUCGUCUUGACCUAGACGCCGAGAAGAAAACAAAAAGUAUCGACCACACCUUUACGCUGCCUCGAAUCUCCCCCAUAUAUUUCUCGGGGAGAAGAAAACCAGCGAAAUUCGCUUGGGGUGGGGCGAGAAGGGCUUCUUCUGCCUCUCAUGACCGAGUCAGCUAUAUAAAUAUAGCCCAGUGAACUUCGCACCUUCGUCGAGGCAUGUCGCAGCAUGUCGUUCGGUUCGAAGCUGCUUCGGAAGAUCGUCACGACGAGGUAGAGGACCCGCCGCCGUCCUACGAGGAGAUUUGCGGCCCGAAGAGUCAGACGGAAAGCAGGAGAGACUCGACGACGCGAGUUACGCUACUCCAAGUUCCGGGUGGAAAUAAUGCCGAGGAUGAUAGGCGAAGACGUUCACCCAACGCGGAACAGCCGAGAUACCGCGUAACGAUCCUCGCGCGGGCACAGCCAAAGGGCAAUUGUGAUUUUUGCAAGUGCUUCUUCAACUGCCUCGUAUUCACUAUAAUAAUAGUAGUGAUUUGGUUCCUCACGCUAUCAGCCAAGCACAGAAAUAGAUUUCGCUGAAAGCUCCACAACGUGUACAUAAAAACGCGUUACACGAUCUACACUCGAAAAUGCAACGAACGGAGAGUGGACAAAGAAAUUAAAAACAUACAACGUACAACUUGAGCAACUCUAUAUGCAACACCAAUACAAUUAAAUUACACGUGGCGCUGCAAAGCAGUCGUGCGGGAUAGCGCGUAUCGACCAGCCUUUAGCUGUGCGUGAGUUCCCCCCGACACGUCACGGCGGAAAAAAAACGACGAGAUUUGACUAGGGUGGGAGAAACAGGAGGUUUCUAUUUACCCCAUGAGACGUUUCUCUGCGACUCAGUGAGUUUUCUAGCUUUGUCGAGGAAUGUCGCAGUCUGUACGCGAGUCCGUUGCUGGAACCCUAGUGAUAGUAAAAAACGGAAUCAAUCGAGAAACUUCACUGCCAAUUUCACAAGAAAGUCUUCAGUGCCUCGAAAGUUGGGAUAGAAUUCAAGAGAGAUGUAACACGUGCCACACCGCUUAUUACGACUUCACGUAGACAUGCAAGGGCCAAUCGCAGCAGCCUAUUUCUUACGAAUCCACAGAGGCUCCUCGCCGAGCUUUGGCCCUUCAGCAAACGAUCGGGCCCAAGGAUCGAAAAUUCCAUCCAACUUGACAAUUGCAUUAUUAUUAAUAAUGUUCGUGACGACAGCAAUAGUGAUUUACUGUCAUCUAUUUGCUGUGGUUCCAUCGAGAAGUAAGCAUUCCAGUCCAUUAUUGAAUCAGUCGAAUUCGGGUAAAUUAGUUGGACUUGCAAUUCUAGCCAUACACAAAUCGUAUCCCCCGACGAGUAAUCAUUCAAGCAUCCAAGAAAAAGAUGUAGGUAGAGUGUAUGAAAGGGAAAUUCUAAGGCUGCAGCGUGAACUCAAAAAUUUGCGUAAAAAAAUGGACGCGGUUAUAUUAGAUGAAAGUAAAAAGCCCCAUAGAGAAGAUCUAGCACCGACAACUGAUGUAAUGGCUUCUAUUAGCGAUCGCAACGAUCAAGAAUCGAAGAUGACAACAAAACCAGUAAACGACAAAAUUUUCCAAGACAACAAACUAUUUCAACAUCAUUAUAAUCAAUCGAGAAAAGAAUGAAAUGUUUCUUUCUAUUUAUAUUUUUAUACUAAUAUCAAUAGUGUAUAAAAUUUGAUCAUUGAAGAGCGAAUAUUUGUACAUCAUAAAUCAUAAGUGAGGCUGUACUGCCAGGCAGUGGAUAUGAUGUUAAAUUCAAAAAUCAUCAAAGGGCACAGCAAUUCCCAUGGACAGUAUAAAGUACGACUGCGAUCACGAGUAUCUCUCUAGAUUCUUUAAAAUUGGUAUUUUUUAAUCUCUUAAAACAUAAUUUAAAACUUUUAUUACGUGCAUGAAAAAGUAUUUUCUCAAUACCUGAACAUUUGUUGUGUAAAUGCACAAAAACGACUUGAAAAUUAAAAGCAUAUAUAAAUACUAUACGAAUCUUGCCGCACAAUUACGAAUGUGAUAUUAAACCUGUCAUUAUUGUGUACAGGUAGAUCAAAUACAUUUUAGAUACGUAAUUAUUAUUAUUAUUAUCUUUAUAAAUAUAAAUGUUUUGUAAAAAUUGUCAACGUUAUAUAACUUUAUAAAUAAGACGUUUUUAAAGAACUUUUAAUAUUACUUUAUUUACAAAUAUAAAUGUUUUGGUAAAAAUUUUCAAUUCUAUUAUAACGGCACUUGCUGUUCUAUACAUAUUUGCGCGACUAGUAUUAUUAUGCAUAACUUAUAAGGGAGAAUCUCUAUUCCGUAAAUACUGAAAUCCGUAUAAUAUUAUAAUCACGUCAGAUUACAACUGUAUAUAAACGAUGUAAUAAAUUCAGUAAAAUUAUGAACUUAUUUUUUAAAGAAAACUUUAUUUUUACAACAAAACAAUAAGUAGACCUUUCAGAAGAGACCAAAGGUAUAAAUCUAAAAAGAUUUAAGCGAGAUUUUACCAGGCCAGUUUGAAUUUUCUGUCAGUCUUUGCUAGAAUUAAAAUUAUCAAAUUUCUUAGAUUCAAAUUAUUCUUUUAUACUUGAGAAAUAAUAUAAUAUGUGCUAGCUAUCACUGAUCUCUUUACGUCUGGAUUCGCAGCGCGUCUCUUUAGACGUGCUUAAAAUGUUCUUUUGUACACCGGUAUCCUUUGUUACAAUAAUUGCAGCAUUUAUAUUGUUAGGAGAAAUGUGCUUAAAAUAAAAUAAGAGGAGAAAGUGUGCUCAAAACGAGAAAGCUAUAAUUAGCGCGUGGAGUAUAAGAGAAAAUCUCUUGCAUCAACGCUAUAGAUUCUUGCCACCCAACACGUUAUUUCGUCAAGCUUUUUUUAGCCCCAUAACAUAACAUUAGAUGCUAAGAGCCCCUAUUGCGAUGUGCUUUUGGAAAAAUUACUGCAUCUAGGACCAUGAAAAAAGUAAAUGAUGUUGUUUGAUAUGCGCUUUGAGUGCGGAAGCGUGCUAAAAUGUCUCCAUGAGCUAGAAAAUGUAUAACACAUUUAAAAUUACCUUUCCAGGAGUUAUCAAAGCGUAUAACCUUGUUCCCAAGGCAACGACUUGAUAAGUACUUAAGAUUGGAUCGCUCUGAUCACGCAUUUUUAAAUUAUUUUUUGUACAUGUUUUAGCUUACGGAGGCAUCUCAGCUAGCUUCCGCGUACAAAGCGCACAUCAAACAAUAUUUUAGUUUUGUCUCAAGGUCCUAGGGGCAGCCGUUUUCUCAAAAGUACAUCGCAAAGGGACCACACGGACGAUUUCCUCGUCGUUUAAAAAACGGAUUAAAUAAUUUAGAGGAUAGAUAGGCCGUAUAAUAUUGUACAAUAACCGUUAGGAAUACAGGAAUCGCUAUUAUUGUUCAAUUAAUGAAAACAAAACAAAAAUUUCUAAUCAGAGAAGAUAAGCGAAAGGCCUUUACAGCGGAAAAUUAAUGACAAACAAUAUAAUAUAUUCUCAUGGCCCUGCCAGAUUGACUAUGUCUAGACAAGAGCUGCAUGUAUGUCAGUAAAAUCUUAUGGGCAAUCAAAUAGCCAGUAAAAAAAUACGUGACUCACAAGCUCCUACUUCGGUAGAAAGAACAAUCAUUAAGAAAAUGUGACAGCUUGCAAGAAGUAAAAUAAAUACUUUAAGGUGGGUAAGAUUUCUUGCAGCCAUUCCUGUAGGAUAUCUUCUAGGAUUUCUUGCAUGUUUUUCGUGUGUUUUUCAUGCAGAUACGAUCUGCAACAUCUACUGCGGGGUUGUGUUAUACAAUUUUUUUCAAAACAGAAAUCCAUAUAGAAAUUUCCUGUAUUCUCACAGGGGUUUCUCGUAUAAGGGAAGGCCAUCUAACAUUAUAUUGGCUCCACGCACUCGAUUAUUCCUUGUCUACCCUCGAUAAUGCGACCAACUGACUUUUGAUAAACGAACUACAAAAGAAAAGAAAAAACAAUCGCACAAUAGUUCAGUCGAGCAACUAUAUACAAUACCAAUCUAAUCGAAUUACACACGUCUUGUUGCAA